CACAACUUGCGCUUAGUUCUUCACGAACUGUGUGGGAGGUUAGUCCGUUACAUGAAUAUCAUGUUGCUACACUGUCAUGCGCUAUGAUCGGAACGUUUCUUGAGUGGAAACAGUGACGCGUGCGUGUACUGACGCUCCACGUGAUUUUGACAGUCGACCCGAGGUGCCGGUGUGUUUUUUUUUCUCGUAUUUAUCAGCGGUGCGAUGCGCCCGACUUGAAGCGAAGGCGAAAGUGUUCUAUUACGAUAAGUCCACCUGAAUGAAUCCACGGUAUCCAGCUGGGAUGUUGUAAUUUCUGGAUUCGAAAUAAGUUCGGCCAGAUUUUCGCCGGCCAUGGAGAGUUUCCGAUACAUAAGUCUACCUCUUCUGCUGCUUGUAACUGCUUGCCUCGCAACCGACGGACUCUUUGGCUCAUCGAUGUAUCAAAAUGGUGAGCCUUUUAUAGAUAUACCAGAAUACGAUCUACUACACGCAAUCGGAGUGCCCUUCAGCAACCCAAAGACCCAAUAUUUCGACGAGGGUCUAGACGGAUUUCCUGCUUAUGGCCUAAUGCCAGGGUCCGAUAUAAAAUCGCCAUAUCGACUCUUCAUGCCAGAGAAGCUUUACUCCGAAUUUUCGAUAACAGCAACAGUACGACCAGCUAAUAAAGAUGGCGGAUUCUUGUUCUCCGUUGUCAAUCCUCUGGAGACUGUGGUUCAGCUGGGAGUUCAGUUGAUACCUUCAGGACCAGGACUGAUGAACAUAUCCCUACUGUAUACUGAUGCUAACAUUUAUGCGUUCUCGCAGACAAUUGCUUCAUUUGUAGUACCGACCUUCGCUAAGAAGUGGAGCAGGUUCGCUUUGAAAGUGUCCUUGGAAAAUGUGACACUUUACCUGAACUGCCACGAAUUUGACACAGUGGUGGUAAGAAGGAACCCCCUGGAACUGGUCUUCGAUUCAGCGUCUACUCUCUACGUAGGACAGGCGGGGCCAUUGAUAAGGGGCGCUUUUCACGGCGCGUUUCAAGAGCUGAAGCUAUACGGAUCGCCGUCACAAGCCGAGGUGCAAUGUGUCAACACUUUCGAGGAAAUAGAUAAAAGCGGCGAAGGAGACGAAAUCGAUAUUGACAACUUCUUGGUGGACCAGGAGGAAGACAGCGAGGGUUCAGGGAGAUAUGGAACGAUACCGCCAUUUCCGCCUCCACCUCCGGGCUUAGAUGGUUACUCUCUCAGACUUCGUGGAGAUAAAGGAGAAAGAGGACCGAGGGGACCCCCAGGGGAAUCAAUCAGGGGUCCGCCAGGUCCUCCUGGGCCGCCCGGGCCCCCCGGUCCUCCAGGGACCGCUACCGAGAGCUCUGGAUCUGGUGAUGAUCAAAUUUUCGGGGAAAACUACGCUUCACUUGGACAAUGCGGCUGUAAUGCUAGCACUAUCAUGUCUUUGCUACAAACUGCGCCUGAAUUAAGGGGGUCACCUGGUCCCCCGGGGAUGAUCGGGGCAGAUGGAAGGGCCGGUCCUCCUGGUAUGCCGGGUCAGCCUGGUACUCCUGGUGAGCGUGGGCCCGUAGGACCCCGCGGUGAUAAAGGCGAUCGUGGAGACGCCGGUACAAGAGGUCACGAAGGACAACCCGGCCCUAAAGGUGAAGCCGGUGUGGACGGACGACCUGGCACUGCUGGCCCUCCGGGGCCUCCUGGACCACCAGGAACACCAGAUUACAACAAUUUCGAAGAAUCUUUAAUGGGAGCAUAUGGAAGUGCUAUCGGUAGACCUGGUGCUCCAGGGCCAAAAGGCGAUUCGGGGCAACCUGGCCCAAUGGGACCGCAGGGAGAAAGAGGAUUCCCUGGACAAAAGGGAGAGAGAGGACAGAAUGGUGCGGUAGGCGCCAAAGGGGAUCGGGGUCAUCCGGGACCUCAAGGCGAUCGAGGUGUUAAAGGUGAUCGUGGAAACCCAGGAUUCGACGGAAGACCAGGCAUUCCUGGUGCCAACGGACGUCCAGCAGAUAAAGGCGAAAAGGGUGAACGUGGGGAGCCAGGACCUCCAGGGUCACCACCAGCUGGAGUUUUUAAUGCUGCAGAUCCAGAAUUUAUGGUUGCAGGGUCGCAAGUGACAGGUGCUAAGGGUGACAAGGGAGAAAAGGGUGAAAAAGGAACUCGAGGUAAUGAUGGCCCACCAGGGUUCCCAGGGAAGGACGGGAAGCAAGGGGAACGAGGUGACAUUGGACCUUCAGGUCUACCAGGCAUGGCCGGAUCCCCUGGACCACAGGGCUUUAAGGGAGACCGAGGAGAAAGAGGCCCUCCAGGACCUAUCAGUGUUGCUUCAGCAGGGACCGAUAUCAUAACUAUUAAGGGUGAUAAAGGAGAACCAGGUGCCCGCGGGCGUAGGGGCCGCAGCGGGCCAGGGGGCGCGCGGGGGGCCACGGGCGCCCCCGGACCGCCCGGGCCCGCCGGCCGCCCCGGGGACAAGGGGGACACUGGACUACCCGGCUGGAUGGGCCGUCCGGGAACCCUGGGCCCGCCAGGAGCACCAGGACCAGUUGGACCGAAAGGCGAAAAGGGCGACCCGGGAGUCAACAUUUUGGACGUCUCAAUGUUCAAAGGUGAAAAAGGCGAUCGGGGAUUCGACGGAGUACCAGGAGUACAAGGUCCACCCGGACCUCCAGGAAAACCAGCGUCCGAACCAGUGCAGUAUCUUCCUGGGCCGCCUGGCCCGCCCGGACCACCUGGUUCUCCCGGUACGCCUGGAGUAUCUGUGGUGGGUCCUAAAGGUGAACCAGGGGUCAGCUAUUACGAAGAGGGACCUGUCCACGGCAGUCCUAAAUUCUACGGGAGACCAGUCCUCAAGAGUCCUUUAGAUGAACUCAAAGCGUUGAAAGAGUUGAAAGAUCUCAAAGAUAAAGAACGUGAUAGGGGAGGGUUCAGCGCGCGGAGUCAACCGGCGGAUGAAUCCAGCGCGCAGAAGACGGUUCCAGGGGCAGCCGUGUUCCAAACAACAGAAGAAAUGAUGAAGCUCGCCUCGUCCAGCCCGGUGGGCGCGCUGGCGUAUGUUGCAGAAGAACAAGCUUUGUUCGUCAAAGUUAAUUCCGGCUGGCAAUAUGUAUUGCUUGGCUCUCUAGUGACUCAGUCGAAGCCUCCGCCGACGCCGGCGCCAGCCCCCCUACCGAUGCCAGCGGCGAGCCUAGUUCAUGUACCGCCUAUCUCUAAUCUAGUCGAAAAUUCACCAACACCAAUCGGUCCUAGUCUUCGCAUGGCCGCGCUCAACGACCCGCUAUCGGGCAAUAUGCACGGCGUGCGCCGCGCGGACUACGCGUGCUACAGACAGGCGCGCCGCGCGGGGCUGCGGGGGACCUUCCGAGCCUUCCUCACCAGCAGAAUUCAGAAUUUAGAUUCGACAGUGAGAUACGCGGAUCGUCACCUCCCUGUCCUGAAUACUCAAGGAGACGUGCUCUUCAAGUCAUUCUCGGACAUAUUUGACGGGAGCGGAGGGAUCGUGGCAGGGACCCCAAGGAUCUACAGUUUCAAUGGGAAAAACAUCAUCACUGAUUCGCAUUGGCCUCAGAAGUUGAUAUGGCACGGAUCUCACGCCAGCGGGGAGAGAGCCUUGGAUACCUUCUGCGAGGAAUGGCAGAGUAACGAUCCGACCAACAAGGGAAUGGCGGCUUCACUAUAUUCGCACAAAAUAUUAUCACAGGAGAGAUACUCGUGUAACAAUCAUUUCGCCGUGCUGUGCAUAGAGGCAACGUCAAAUGUCAGCGUACGAAGAAAAAGAGACACCCAUAGAUUUAAUACUACAGAAGAUUCAGACGAAGACUACGAGAUGAGGCCGGACGAGUACGAAGAACUGAUCAACGAUAUAAUUGCUCAACCGCUUAGAUACAAUUAAUUAGGCAGAAACAAACUGUUUUUUUUUAAAUAUCAAAUUAUUCGAAAAAAUCGAUUAAAAUCAUUUAAUAUCGAUUGAACUGCUUGUACUCUAUAAAAUAUUGCAUCGUAUUAUUGCAUUUAUAAAUUAAAUAUACGUAAUGCUUAAACGAAUGAUUCAUUCGAGACUUCGAAAUCUAAAAUUUAGACUAUGAUCGUUAGUUUUUAUUUUUGUUAAAAAUGAUAACGAUUAAUCAAGUUUACGUUUCACUCGAGACGAUCAAUAGUAUAUUUAACUAGCAAUUACUUUCUAAUACCAGAUGAUAUCACACUCAGCCCUAGUCGGUAAAUUAUAUAUAAUACGUGAUAUCAAAAUACUAUGAUACAGCUUAAAGGAAUUGAUUUAGAUGCUUAAAUGCCAAGAGAUUUUUUUUAAUAGAAUUGUGAAGCUUAUGAGAUUCCUAUUAAAAUAAGCUUAGCACGUUUCUAUUGUUAUGAAUUAAAUGGAACAUCGAAAUUUUAAGUUGCAAUAUGAAUAGUUGAACAUUGUUCAAAAUAUACGUCACUUAAUAUGAAUACAAUACAUAGGUAUACAUACAGUUACAAUUACAAACAUACAGUGCUCGCUAACUUGGCCGCUCUGAAUUUCAUGCAAACAGCUGCGUGCAUCGAAACGGAUUGGUAUUAAUAAAAACAACAAUAAUCAGAAGCAAAAAAAGCUUUGUUUGAGGGCCUAAAAAAAUUCCCUUCGUAAUUCUUCAAAAUCAAAAAUCAAAAAAAAUUUACAUAAAUGAAAUACAUACUUGUUGAACGUCAAAAGAACUACCGCCGAUUCACAAAAACUAGCCUCCGUCCUGAGAAGAACUGGCAAGAAACUCAGCGGGCAUGUCUUUUUUUUUUUAAAUAUUACUUUUUUUUUUAAUAUUAGAUUUUUUUUUAAAUGUUCAUUCAUUCACGGAAGUCGCAAACCGGUCGAAUUUUUUCGCACGUACAUUUAAGUAAUGUAAAUUUUGAGUACAAAAAAAUAUUGGCGAGACCAGACCAAAAUUGAUCGCAAGGUAAUUUACUAUCUUGUGACGUCACAAACUAGCGAACACGUUUUAUUUUUUAUCUAAAAACUGCGUAAUAUUAUUUUGAAUUGUUGAAUGGUAGUGUUAGUUUAUUUUAUUACAAACAAAGCUUCAUUCCCUGUUAAAAAUUGUGAAAUUUAAAUUUGGAAUAAUUUUUGUUUUAUCAUACAUAAAGAAACACAGUAUGUCAGCUAAAUAGUCUGAACUUACAGCCAUAAUAAAAUCAAUCCCAAAAUGCCAUUUAUAAACUGAAUAUCAACGUUUGCUGUUCCAUUUAAUUCAAUCGUAAAUAUCAGACCUUAUAUCCAAACAGGUCGUAUUGUAAAUGUAUUUACUGGAACCAUUUAAUUGUAGUCAAAAUUGUUCCGAUACGAUUAGGAAUUGUGAGAGGUUUUUUGUAUUAUAUAAAUAUAAUGUUAAGUCGUUUAUUAUUUGAAUUUUAGUCAUAUUAAAGGUUAUUAAAGGUUACGUACACGAACAUAUUAUACCGAUGUAUUUAACUAACGAAACAUUCUGUAUGUACAUGUCAUUAUUUAAAUAAAAAUAAAAAAACAAUGACAUAGAGCCCGCCAAAAAAUUCGGUUUUUUUUCUUCUGUUUUUAUUCGCUGCUUGUGGACUUGCUUGAAGUGUAAUAACAUCACGUAAGCGUAUUUUCAUAGCUUAUAGAGAAAUAAAAACUUCGAAUAGUUAGGGACAAAAUUUCAAUGCGCUUUCUACAUGGUGGAGUUUUUUGUUUUUGUGCUACAAAUGCUACUGAAUUGUUCACAUCACUUAGGUAAUUUUUUUAAAAGUCAGGUACAAACACGUUAACACGGUGAUCCAUUAAUUUUAUUCCGUUCUUAAUAAAUUUUUAUAGCGAUCUAUGGAGCUGUAAAUAUGUAAUAAUACAAUCUAAUUUAUAUAUAAAUUUGUACUUUCACUGUAAUUAGGCUUAAAUAAAUUUUAUUUUAUAAAUUUAUAAACCAUCCAAAAUAUAGGUAUUCAAAGUAUUUAAUUCUAGAAUGUUCGAAAAAUAUAUUAUAUUAUUAUAUUAAUAUAGGUUUACGAUUUUCACGCUCUUGUUACACAAGUAUAGACCUUCGUUAAUUAAAUAAUGAAUGUGUUUAUAUAAUUAAAUAUGACUGUUACGGCUAUGAACACUUAUCAUCAUAACAAAUUUAAUGUAGACUAUCAUUUUUAUAGCUAUUUAGCACGUAAAAUAAUUAUUAUAUUAAUAAAAAAAAUCGCACUUUUUAUACUCGAUUAAUAUUUAAUUUAAACAAAAUGUUUUGAAGACUGUACCUUUAUCGGAUCAUAUUUAAAUUUAUGAUUAGUGCCAUCACGAAACGUGUUAUGUUCAUUCAAUGAGUCUGAUUUUAUUUAAUAUUUCCCUCGGUAUUAAUCACGAUUUGUAACUAAGAAUAUUUUUGCAAACCGGCCGUUUUAAAAUUAUAGUGCUUCUCAACAAUCAUUCGAAAAUAGAAAACGCAAUAAUACCGUUCAGUAGUUGUGAUUGAGUACUGUUAACAAAAAAAGUGGAAAUAUUUUAAAUUUUUUUCUUGAGUGAUAUUAAGUUCUUUAAGUACUGGAUUAAUAGAAAAUGACAAAUUCAAAAAAAAAAUUGCAUUAAUUUUAUGAUCUUAAUGACCGUUUAUUCCAGCAAUAAUUGAUUAUACCUGGAAUUGUCCAUUUUAAAUCACAACAACCCCCGGUGACUUGUAGAACAGAAAAUUAUUAAAACGAUACUAUAAUUUUAAAACCGCCUGUACUUCGAUUACCUUAAGUCUAGUCUAGCUUAGACGUUUUGCUAUUCGAAAAUAGAACUUAACGAAGGAACCUUAACGUUUAAAUUAGAAUGAAUCUCAAAAUUAUUAUUGCGAAUAGCGAAACGGUCAUGUUACAUAAGAACAAGCAUUUAUUCGAACCUUUAGUUUUAAUAAUAAAUACUUCGAAUAAAAUAUGUAAUCUGAUGAAUAGUAAAAAUGACUGUGUUUAUACAAAUAGUAAAUAAAAAGUUUUCACAGCGGCGUA